CUCCAACCUCAGUUGUCUCUCCAACGUCGAAGACCCCCACUGCUGUUCUAUUGCAGCAGCAGCGUCAACAGCAGCUCCUCCAGCAACAACAACAACAGCAACAAUUAUUGCAGCAGCAGCAACUACAGCAACAGCAACAAAUGUCCCCUAAUAUACCGCUGGUGUCCUCUAUGGCCCCUCCCACAUUACCGAACGAAACGCAGCCUCUGCAGCUUCAAUCCCCGCUCUCUGGAACAAUUCCAAGUCCCGUCCGAGGUCAAUCAAGUGCCGCUCUGCCGAGCGCAACUCUUCCCAGCAGCAUUAUCACAACCGCUGCGAUUACAAGCGCGGUCCAGCCCGGCCAGCCUUCUCCUGCGCAACCUUCACCGGUCUCACCAACAGGACAGAAACCAACUUCAUUGCAAAUUUUGAGACAACAACAAAUGAUACAGCAACAGCGGCAGCUAGAACAACAGAGACAACAACAACUUGAGAAAGAGAUGCAGGAGCAGCUGGAGAAAGAACGGCAGGAGCAACUCGUAAAGGAGCAGCAGCAGCAGCAGGAGCAAGAGAGACAAUUACAGCAACAACAAUCACCUCAAACGCUACCAUUUAGUCAGGACUCGCAAUCUGCAACCCAGGCUCCUUUUUCAGAUACAAGUAAUGCAUCGACAUCUCAACUACAGAGCCAAUGGCCCUCCAGCCAAGGAACAUCAACCUCGGUCGGACAGCCCAGCACGAGCAAUAAUGCGCGCGAGAGCGGUAUACCUCAGCAGGGUCAACAAGGGCAACCUGCAGAUCUGCCUUCUCAUACAGAACCAGGCACAGGGACGUCCACCGGAGGCGUGCCAAUUGCCACCAUUCCUAAUUCUGACCCGAUAGGAGGCAAUGUCAAAACAGAAGAGGAGAUUAUGCCUCCGCCUCCACCUCCACCAAUAACCGCAAGCACUGGUCCAGGAGCAGGCGCACAAUCAAGCCAGCCGCCACCCCAAAAGCCAAAAGGGGCAGCUCAAGGAGGAGGUGUCAAGAUCGAGAGUCGCCCAACACCGGCAGCUUCAGUAGCAGCAGCGCCAACAAGCGGAUCGCCCCAGAUUUUCAAAGCGACUUACUCAGGCGUGCCCGUGUUUGAGAUGAUUUGCAAGGGCGUUGCAGUCAUGAGGCGCCGAUCGGACUCCUACUUAAACGCGACGCAGAUUCUGAAAGUUGCAGAUUUUGACAAGCCGCAGCGAACGAGAAUCUUGGAGAGGGAAGUUCAGAAGGGGGAGCAUGAGAAGGUUCAAGGUGGAUACGGAAAGUACCAAGGUACAUGGGUUCCGCUUGAACGCGGAGUUCAGCUUUGUCAGGAGUAUAACGUCGUGCAUCUGCUACAGCCCCUGCUGGAUUAUCAAGCAACGCAGACCAGUCCACCUUUGGCGCCCAAACACAUCACAGCAGCAUCGAAUCGACCCCGGAAACCACGUGAACCUCGCGCGCUAGAUAUGUCGACCCCUGGAAAUGAGGACAAACCCGGCGUAAAACCGAGAGCUAGGAAGACGAAGCGCAAGGCGGCUGCAGCCCAGAUUCUGCCCAAGCCCUCCAUGGGUGCCAACGACAGCGGGGCGAAUUUUACUGGCGGGCCAGGUGCGUUAGGCGAGGAAAGAGAGACGAGCCUGGCAACAGAGGGAGACGAGGACAUGGACGAUGGCUCAACAAGUACUGGUGACGAUGGUGAUGACAGCGAUGAGAGUGAGGGCGGAACCAUGAGCCUUCUGUCAGGACACACUGGAGUGCGCACUAGAACGCCCUCGCCUACAGCGUCACGACCCGAUCUGUCCUCAGAGGAUGUCUCUGAUCGGGAAACAUCUUUCUCGUCUGCUUCAACAUCGACAUCGCCAGCCAAACGCCGACGCCGCCCUCCUUCGUUGCAGGACAGAUCCCUAAGCUCUUUGCGCAAAAGGCAUGUCCGUCCAGGCGAUGAGUUGUUUAUCGGAUUCGAGGACAAGCAGGUUUCGCGCAGAAAACGUGCCCGUCAAAAAUCCAACAAAGAUGUAGACAUGGAAAGUGGAUCUCAUAUGGAGGACAAUGACGACGAUGACAACGCGAUGGACGUGGACGACGACGAUCAGGAUACCGCCUUCCAGCGCGAUUCCUCACCGAGUGUCCGCAGCAAGACCAACAGGAGGUCAACAUCACGUACGAGGGCGUCGGAUCAGGAUGAUCGCAAAUCGACACUGUCUUCAACUGCCACGGCAAUAGCGACAGGAUCGACAUCAGUGGAGACACAGUCUCGAGGGCCAUAUGCGGAUACACUGUUGGAAUACUUCAUCGCCGAUACACUGACGCUGCCCAAAAUUUUGACAGAGCCGCCCGCAGAUCUGGAUUUCAAUAUUGUGAUCGAUGGUGAGGGACACACAUCAUUGCACUGGGCAGCAGCUAUGGCGAAGCUAGAGGUGGUCAAGAUUCUUGUCCAGAAUGGCGCGGAUACGUACAGGGUCAACGCAGAUGGGCAAACGGCAUUGAUGCGGAGCGUGCUGUUCAGCAACAAUUUUGAGGAGAAGACGUUUGCGGUGCUGUUGGAGGUGCUCCAGAAGACCAUUUUUACAAUCGACAAGGACGACCAGACAGUGUUCCACCAUGUCACCAACACGGCAGGCCAGCGUGGGAAGAUCCAUGCGGCGAGGUAUUACCUCGAGUGCUUGUUGGAAAAGCUGGCGCAGCAUCCUUCGGAGCUGGCGUCGAUUAUUAAUGUGCAGGAUCGUGUGGGCGAUACGGCAUUGACAAUUGCAUCGAGAUUGAAGGUUGGGGGUAAGAAGGUCGUGAAGAUGCUGGUCGAUGCGGGAGCGGAUUUGAAAAUUCGUAAUCAUACAGGAAAGAACGCGGAAGAGUAUUUGCUGGAAACAGAUCAGCAGCAACAGAUCGCUUCCUCUGCAGAUUCGAAGCCAUCCGCCGGUGCAGAAGCAGAGUCCGAUGGACAGCGGCAACAGGGGUCGAUAAGGAACUCUGGAACUAGUGCGCCAGCGUCCGUAACUCGUGCUAAGGACCCACAUGUUCAGCCCGUGGAUAAGGGAACGAGGUCUCAGGAUCAGCCCUACGGGCAUCCUCUUACUGCUACGUCAGCAAUGCUCCCACCACCGCCACCACUCACACUUUUGCCAUCAGCACCACGAUUGGCUUUCGCCCAACCUGCUUCAGGAUCGUCCAGCGGAUUGCUCUCCCAGCUUCAACAGGCGAACUCUUGGCCAGGCACGACAACUUCGGUACGACUCCCAGGUGGACCUCCUGUUUCCUCGUCCUCACAAGCUGUGAUCCCAACAGUCAGUGAACUGUUCAGCAAACUGACACAGUCGUAUGAGAAGGAUAUUUUCGAAAAGGAUCAGGACAUUCAGGAGGCACGUGGGCUGCUGCAAGGGAUUCAGACAGAGAUUCGAGAGGGACAUCGGACGAUUCAUGAGCUGAAAUUGAAGACUGUGACACUAGGACAAGCAGAGGAGCAGAUCAAGGCGCUGGAAGGGUUGCUUAAACAGGAGAUUCAUGAACGGCAGCGACUACGGUUGCAGGAGUUGAUUUCGCAGGAGGAGGAGAGGUUGCGGAAUGAGGUGAGGGAAAAUGAGGUUAAGAAGAAUGUGGAGGAGCCAAAGACGACGACUGAGGCUGAGAAGACUGAAGGGAAUGUGAACAAGAACGAAGAAGAGUUUUUGAUAUCGCCGCCGCCGCCGCCGCCUUCCACUGCCAACGCUGCUGGUUCUGGAGUAGAGACAGUUUCUCAGUCAAAAGAUGAUAUUACAAUGGGCUCGACUGCUAUAGAUGCUACGAGCGGAGUAUUGGAAACAACGAUUGCGCCAGUUGAAACCACGACCACAACAACCACAGAUGCUGCUUCCGUGAUAGCCGACGAGCAAGGCGCUAAUCCCGCCAGCGCUCAGCCGCCAGCCUUGAUUGUUUCUUCCUCAAAGUUGGAGGAGCUCGAGAAUGAGGUGGAGCAGCUGCGAACAAAACUCUCAGAGUUGCAGCAGCGACGCAAGGAUCGGGUGGUCCAGAUUGUGGACCUGAAGAGGCAGCAAGGCAAGCGGUGGUAUGAGUACCAGCGACUGAUUGCGUUGUGCUGCAAUGUGGCGAUUGAUCAGGUCGACGAGUUAUUGGGCCCGCUGUUGAGCUCCCUUUCAGAUGGGGACGAGAUCGAUGUCUAAAGUGCUAUAGUUGUUCGUCCUUUUUCUUCCUUUCUUUCUGU